AUGAUACACUGGCCUAAGAAAGACAUUUCUCUAUUAACCAAUCUCGUCGGCCAUGUGUAUCAUUUUGGAUACACGGUUCUAGGCAACAUGCCUGGGUUCCUGUUACCUUGGAUGAAAAAAUUUCUCGCACUCAUUGGUUGGAUGGGAUUGGUGAAGCUGCCAUCGAUAAAAGACUACUGGCGCGUUCAUAAGCUCUACAAUAUUCCAUUAGCACGAACUGUAAUGCCUAUGAACAGAUUCGAGUUGAUUCUCAAAUUUAUUCACUUCUCAGAUAAUAUAUUAGCUGACCCAAGUGACCGACUUUACAAGUUGAGAGAUAUACUUGACAAGUUUAUAAAUAACUACAAGAAAACAUACACACCGGGAGAAAAAAUAUGUGUCGACGAAUCGCUGAUACCUUGGCGCGUACGCGGCUUUUGUUUAGGCAAUAUAUACCCAAUAAGAGUGCAAAAUACGGUAUCAAAGUAUUCAAGCUAUGUACCGAAAAAGGAUAUACUUGGAACUUGUCUGUUUACUGUGGCAAAUCUAGAGACCCGCAAACUGAAGUCUCAGAAAAAAACAGUUAUGUCUUUGGCAGAAGAGCUCUUAGAUGAAGGAAGAACAUUGUACACAGACAAUUAUUAUACCAGUGUUCCUCUCGCCUUACGUUUGCGUAAUAGAAAAACCCAUCUAGUAGGAACUCUAAGGGCUAAUAGAAAAUAUUUACCAAAGGAAGUGGUACAGGCCAAAUUGAAGAGAGGAGAAAUGGCUGCAAAGCAGAGCAAUGAAGGCAUAGUUGUUUUGAACUGGCGUGAUAAACGCGACGUACGGAUGCUUACCAUGAAAACGUCUGCUCUUGAAGUGGUGCCAAAUAAUAGCAGAAAUACGAAUGCAAUGCACACUAAACCCAAAUGUAUAGCUGACUACAAUAAAGGUAAAUCUUCUAUAGAUAUUAGUGACCAAAUGGCCACGUAUGGUACAGCCUUACGACGCUGCACCAAAUGGUACCGCAAAUUAGCAUUUGAAAUAAUUUGGGGAACGAGUGUAGUAAAUGCCCAUUUCCUGUACAACGAAUAUUCACUUCAAAAGAAACUCACAACAAUCACGGAAUUUCGUGAACAAGUGAUCGAUGCAUUGCUGGAGAGAAUUUCUUCAACGAAUAUUGACAGACCUUCACAAUCGAGACCAGACGACAAACAUUAUUUGGUCCAAAACAUUGUAAACGAUAAGAAAGUUCGAGGUCGUUGUUUGGAGUGCUAUAAAAUUUAUGGGAGGACAGGAAUACAAAUUGCAGGAAAAAAUAAAAAAGCACACCAAAUAUACACAAAAUGUUCAGUGUGUAAUUUUUUUAUGUCGUCAAUGUUUCAACAAAACUCAUUAGCAAUUAAUCUUAUUUUGUGUCUUUCUUUGUAG